ACACAGAGCCCAGGUGAGACACACACACACACACACACACACACCACAGAGCAACACAGAGCCCAGGUGAGACACACACACACACACAUCACAGAGCAACACAGAGCCCAGGUGAGACACACACACACACACACACACACACACACACCACAGAGCAACACAGAGCCCAGGUGAGACACACACACACACACACACCACAGAGCAACACAGAGCCCAGGUGAGACACACAAACACACACACACACACACACACACAUCACAGAGCAACACAGAGCCCAGAUGAGACACACAAACACACACACACACACACACACACACACACAUCACAGAGCAACACAGAGCCCAGGUGAGACACACACACACACACACACACACACCACAGAGCAACACAGAGCCCAGGUGAGACACACAAACACACACACACCACAGAGCAACAAAGAGCCCAGGUGAGAAACACACACACACACCACAGAGCAACACAGAGCCCAGGUGAGACACACACACACACACCACAGAGCAACACAGAGCCCAGGUGAGACACACACACACACACACACACACACACACACACACACCACAGAGCAACACAGAGCCCAGAUGAGACACACACACACCACAGAGCAACACAGAGCCCAGGUGAGACACACACACACACACCACAGAGCAACACAGAGCCCAGAUGAGACACACACACACACACCACAGAGCAACACAGAGCCCAGAUGAGACACACACACACCACAGAGCAACACAGAGCCCAGAUGAGACACACACACACACACACCAAAGAGCAACACAGAGCCCAGGUGAGACACACACACACACACCACAGAGCAACACAGAGCCCAGAUGAGACACACACACACCACAGAGCAACACAGAGCCCAGGUGAGAAACACACACACACACACCACAGAGCAACACAGAGCCCAGGUGAGACACACACACACACACACACCACAGAGCAACACAGAGCCCAGGUGAGACACACACACACCACAGAGCAACACAGAGCCCAGGUGAGACACACACACACACACCACAGAGCAACACAGAGCCCAGGUGAGACACACAAACACACACACACCACAGAGCAACACAGAGCCCAGGUGAGAAACACACACACACACCACAGAGCAACACAGAGCCCAGGUGAGACACACACACACACACACACCACAGAGCAACACAGAGCCCAGGUGAGACACACACACACACACACACACACACACACACACCACAGAGCAACACAGAGCCCAGGUGAGACACACAAACACACACACACCACAGAGCAACACAGAGCCCAGGUGAGAAACACACACACACACCACAGAGCAACACAGAGCCCAGGUGAGACACACACACACACACACACCACAGAGCAACACAGAGCCCAGGUGAGACACACACACACCACAGAGCAACACAGAGCCCAGGUGAGACACACACACACACACACCACAGACCAACACAGAGCCCAGGUGAGACACACACACACCACAGAGCAACACAGAGCCCAGGUGAGAAACACACACACACACACACACCACAGAGCAACACAGAGCCCAGGUGAGAUACACAAACACACACACCACAGAGCAACACAGAGCCCAGGUGAGAAACACACACACACACCACAGAGCAACACAAAGCCCAGGUGAGACACACACACACACACACACACACACACCACAGACCAACACAGAGCCCAGGUGAGACACACACACACACACACACACACAC